AUGGCACGGUUACUCAAGACGCCUCCCGAGGUCUUGCUCCGCAUUGCGGAGUAUUUGCCCAAGCAACGCGACUGCUUAGCGCUGUCCCUAGUCUCGCGCAACUUGCGUGGCGUGGGCGAACAAUGCCUCUACUCCGAUGUCGUGCUUCGCCUGAAGCGCGAUGCAGCUACGGACAAUCAAGUAGAAUCAUUCUACCACGCUAUCGCGGCAAACAAGGACAGACGCGACUGGGUUCGCAGCUUGUCUGUUAUUGUCCUCGGGCGCAACUUUACGUUGAGGGAGCGCAAGCUGAUCUCUCGAAUAAUGCGCAUGCUCCCUCGCUUGGUUAACUUCACUUUCGAGUACCCCUUCGCGGAUGCAUUCAACGGCAAUCCUUUCAACCUACGCCCUCAUCUCAACCAUGCCAUGCCACCCGCGUCAUCUCUUCGCAGAUUCACGUGGCUCAAUGCGGAAAUACUCGACGCGACUUCAUUCAGAUCGUUCCUUGCCUACCAUUGCAACAUCACACAUCUUGCGUUCAACGAAGACCGCUUCGUGGUACCCAAAAUAGGUCGUAAUUUAUUGCCAAAUUUGGAAAGUCUUCAAGCGCCCAUCAACACGAUCCUACGGAUGCUCCCCAGACGACGAAUCCAGCGGAUCAGAACAACGAUUAAUCUUAGAACACAACCGGGCUGGCAGACGAUGAAAUACAGGGAGCUCCGAAACAUUCGGGUCCUGUCGUACGCUGUCUACGGGGGUGCCAAAGCUCUUGAACUGUUCGAAUCCCUUGUUCGACAGAUGGUCAACUUGGAGUUCGUCGAAGUACAGGAUGAAUCGGCUAUUAGGCCCUCGACCCUGAGAAACACGAAAGUCAGAUUCCUCCGCGUGCGUAAUGUACGUGAAGAGUUCCUCGUCAAGUCGUUUUUCGAUAGACUGCCGUCGUUGGAGUGCAUCGAUAUUCAAUCUAUUAAUCUACCGGGGCGGGUGUCUCAGAGGUUCCAAAGAGACUGCGGACCACCUCGCACCAUCACAUGGGGCUGCAGGCCCAACGAGGAAUGGCUCCAUGAUUGGAGGGACGGGGUGACUGAACUUUGA